AUGCCCGCUCCAACAGCACUCCGCGCCUCCGAUGCUCCUACGGUCGCACUAACCAUUGCCCCUCUUGCACAAGAGCACGAUGAGGAUGUCUUAAUUGACGCCCAAAUCUCAUCAAGUGGUGACGAGGUUGUCGUUCCUGUGGAUUCUACGGAGGAUACUGAGAUGCGAAUUGAUCUGGAAGGCCGACCUGUCUUCACACCUGCCAAAGAAACUCCCGCCGCUUAUCGAGUCGAGACCCGGAAAGUUCCUGUUCCGCCACACAGAAUGACACCUCUAAAAGCAAACUGGCCCAAAAUCUACCCGCCGUUGGUCGAGCAUCUCAAGUUACAGGUACGAAUGAACAUCAAGAGCCGAGCGGUGGAGCUGCGCACAUCCAAGUUCACCACCGAUACGGGGGCUUUGCAGAAGGGCGAGGACUUUGUCAAGGCUUUCACACUAGGCUUCGAUAUUGAUGAUGCUGUCGCGUUGCUGAGGUUGGAUGACCUUUACAUCCGGUCCUUUGAGAUUCGAGACGUCAAAGCGUCUCUGAACGGGGAGCACCUCAGCCGUGCCAUUGGUCGUAUUGCUGGUAAAGAUGGAAGAACGAGGCAUGCAAUUGAGAAUGCGAGCAGGACAAGGAUUGUCAUUGCUGAUCAGAAAAUCCACAUCCUGGGCCGUUUCCAGAACAUUAAUGCAGGCCAGGAAGCUGUUGUCAGUCUUAUUUUGGGUGCCCCUCCUGGAAAGGUGUAUGGAAAUUUGCGUAAGGUGGCGGCUCGCAUGAAGGAACGCUUUUAA